AUGAAGCUCACCAAUCCAGGGUCUGUCCCUGUCUACACAAUCUCCGGAGAGUCUACCUCCAGACAACUGCCAGACUGGCUUGCCCGGCGAAGGAAGCGAAGUCUCAAGAACGACCCAGAGUUUGCGAAUCGCGUGGAACUCCUCCAGGACUUUGAAUUCGAAGAGGCCAGCACAUGCGUGCGCGUCAGCGAAGAUGGCGAGUGGAUCAUGAGCACGGGGACAUACAAACCGCAAAUCCAUGUACACCAUCUUCCGCAGUUAUCGCUCUCCUUCGCGCGACAUACCACCUCCCUCAAUCAUACGUUCCAGAUACUGUCCACAGACUAUAGCAAAUCGAUCCACCUACAGGAAGACCGGAAACUGGAACUGCACACCCCAGGUGGCUGCCACUAUGAGGUUCGAAUACCCCGAUUCGGUAGAGAUUUGGUAUAUGACCGACAGUCGACGGAGGUCUUGAUCCCUUCCACUGGGCUGGACGCAGACGGCUUUGGCGAAGUCUUCCGUUUGAACCUUGAGGUCGGACGUUUCAUGCGAUCAUACCAGGUUGAUGUCGGUAAUGACGAAGGCUUAGAACGGGGCCUUCAGGGCAGCAUCGGGGUUGGCAGUGUGAAUGUCGGAGCGAUCGCCGAGGGCACACACGGUCUUUGCAGUUUCGGGACGUCAUUGGGCACUGUGGAAUUCUGGGACCCCCGGACGAGAUCCAAGGUUGCCACUCUCCAAGGCCAUGACGGUGAGAUCACAGCCCUCGACUUCAGCUCUUCGGGCUUGAGCCUAGCUACAGGCUCAAGUACGGGAAUGGUCCACCUUUAUGAUCUACGACGGCCGGUGCCUUACUUGUCAAAAGACAAUGGUUUUGGUUUCGCCAUCAAGAACCUCAUUCACCUCGAGACGGCUUCCCACGAGAAGAAAAUACUUUCGGCAGACAAGAGGGUGAUCAAGAUCUGGGAUUCCGACUCGGGCGACCUCUGGACCUCAGUCGAGCCCGUGGUAGAUCUUAACCAUGUUGCCUGGAUUCCCAAGACCGGCAUGCUUCUCACGGCAAAUGAAGGCAAAGCUCAACAUGCCUUCUUCAUCCCGCAGCUUGGAAGUGCCCCACGAUGGUGCUCGUUCCUUGACAACAUGGUCGAGGAGAUGGCCGAAGAGGUCAGAACGGAGACGUACGACAACUACAAGUUCUUGACCAUACCCGAGCUCAAGUCGCUCAGCUUGGCUCACCUUAUUGGGAAGACCAACCUGUUGCGUCCAUACAUGCACGGUUAUUUCGUGGCAUCCAAGCUUUAUGAGCAAGCUCGCCUGAUUGCAAACCCUUACGUGUGGGAAGAAGAACGUAUGAAGAGAGUCAAGGAGAAGGUCGAGAAAGAACGUGCUAGCCGUAUCCGGGGCAAUAAGAAGGUCAAGGUCAACCAGAAACUGGUGGACAAACUCCUCAAGAAGCAAGAGCGGAGAGAGACGGUGGACACCGAGGCUGGUCUUCUUGGGGACCAGCGUUUCGGUGCACUUUUCGAGGAUGAGGAGUUCAUGGUGGAUGAGAACAGUCACGAGUUCAGAGCCUUGAACCCCAGUACACAGGUGGAGAAUCAGGAGGCGGGGGCGAGCGCUGAUCCAACCUUGCCGAGCCGUUAUCAAGGCGACUCUGAUGAUGGCAGUGGAAGUGAUGGUGAGGUACCGAUCAGGAGUCAAGGCGAUGAACUCAACAUGGUCGUCUCAUCAUCCUCGCAAAACCGGGCGCGCCACACGCGGGAUACAGCACUUGGGUCACGCGCACAAAAAUCAGGACGGAUCAGCAAGAAUCGGUCCGGCGAUGUGGUUGGCGAGAAGCAAGUCACUUUUGUUCCUACGUCCAAGAAGGCGGCAGAAAGCAAACCUGACGCCCAGCCAACGAAACACAGAGACGGCCGCAGAAGUGCCAGCUCCAACACCUUCCGCAGGUUAUGA